AGUGUGUAAUAGAUCUAGUAAGACUAAGACAAGAAGACGAAGAAGUAGUAGAAGUAGAAGUAAUGUGUUAUUGUGUAGGGCUGUUGUUACUGGUUAGUUAGUUGUGUUAAGUGUACUGACACUGUUAAGUAAGAAGACCUAAAGUAAAAGUUAAGUUAAAUUUAAAAUUAACUGUUAAAGUAAUCAAUAAUUAAAAGUAAGAAGAAGUGACGUAAGCUAAAAGUCGGCUAAGAUUUAGGUUAGACUGGCUAAGAUUAGUUAGAGGAGUAGAUCUAGAUCUAGGGAUUCUAGGCCCUAAAUAAAAAAGAAGUAGAAUCAAACUUAAUCAAUAAGGCCUAAUCUAAUAAGGCUAAGGCCUUAAGUCAAUCUUAAACUUUCUCUCAAACACUAACUUUAACAUUUAAACUAUUUAAACUUUUUAAACUUAGAUCUAGAAUCUAGGUUUAAAUAAACUAGACUUACUUAAUAUAUAAUUAAGGCGCCUAAAAAUAGUAGUACUAAGUAGUAGAUCUAGAUCUAGUAGUAGUCUAUGAUAGUUGACAAUAAGAAUGAUUAAGUAAAAGUAGCACAUUUACGACAGUAGGCUAGAUCUAUAUUCAAUAUUGAACAUUGAAAAGGAGCUAAAUUAUUUUUUUUAAUUUUUUUCGGUGUUGAUACAGAUCUAACAAUAAAAACUAAAACUCAAUAUUUUAUCUCUCUCUGCUGCUGUAGCACUGGACUGAUGUAAAACUCAAAGCAUGGAAGGUCCACCUUUAGAGUUAGUGUGUUCAUCUGUUGGUUCUGAUGAUUCUGGUAGAGGGCCUCCUAUCACUAUCAAUGAACUUGUACAGCUUGCCCAUAUUGGAAUCCCUAUUGACCAGGUCACCUGGUCUAGAGUGACCAUGACCUCAGAUAAAUGGAUUGCAGUUCGUCAUGAUAGUCGUUCAGACUUUUCAGCCAAAAGAGCAGUGGUGACCGUGUUAAGUCCAAUAGAAGGCACAAUAUCCUAUGCAGGCUCUACUAGUGCUGACUCAGUGCUGAUGAACCCUGUCUAUCCCAGGAUUGCUUUAAAAGCUGGUCUAAGAUUUGAAGUUUUUAACUUGGACACAAAAGAGCUGGUCAACAAAGUCAAGUUUCAUGAGCCUGUGAUCUUCUGGACAUGGUUAACAGCUGAUGUCAUCGCCAUGGUAACAGACUCUGCUGUGUACCAUUGGAGUAUCAAUGAAAGAGAAGCUGCCACAACCCCAGAGCAGAUUUUUGUCCGCCACAACAGACUGGCAUUUACAGAAAUUGUUGGCUACAAAGGUGACCCAAGUCUUAGGUGGCUGGCCCUAACAGGACUUACACCUGAGAUUAUUUUUUCAACAAAACCUUCUACUAAAAGAGAUGAAAGAAUAUCAGGAGUGACCCAGCUGUACAACAGAGAUGAGGACAUCACCCAGUGUAUCACCGCCCACGCCGUCUGCUUCUCUACCUAUCACUUUCCUGGCAACCCCUACCCCUCUACUGUCAUGUGUGUCAGCUCUAGAGAGGCUCAGGAUCAUGGGAAGGUGCAUGUUAUUGAGCUUGGGCCCUACAAAACUGGCAACUUCGCCCCGAGAAAUUCUUAUGAUCACCUUCAUUUCUUGGAUGACCUUGAGCGCUAUGACUUCCCCAUUUCUUUGCAGAUAUCUGUUGACUAUGGGCUUUUGUUUGUUGUGACCAAGUACGGCUACCUGUACAUGUGUGACAUGGAGACGGCCAUGUGUCUGUGCUGCACACGUGUGGCUGUAGAUGUCAUCUUUGCUGCUGCGCUCAACACAAACUCACAGGGUAUUCUGGCCAUCACACGGGGAGGACAGGUGAUCACAGUGGACCUAAAGAAGGAUGGAUUCAUUUCUUUCUUAAGAGAGCAAGUCAAGACAGCCUACAGGGCUAACCGGUUUGAAAAAGUUAUCUGCCCUUGAUGGCCUCCAGCUUUAAGCCCUAUCAGUAUUAGCAGGGUUGUCUAUAUCCCUAUAUCUCCCAUCUUGUUUAUUGGCUUCUGCUAUAUAGUUGUGUACAGCAGUAAACAUCUAAUCUUGUAUCGUCUAGUGAAAGAUUUGGAAGUUACCUUUUAGAUUAAGUCAGGAAAAAUUUGAAAACCCCUUUAGUUUACUCUAUCAAGCUAUAUUUUAUAAUAUAGUCAUCUUUAGCUACUUAAAUGAAAUGAGUCCAGUUGUUUUAAUGCACCCCUUUUUACACUAACUUGUCUUACAUAUUUACUCCCCAUGUACUGGACAACUUUUUUGGUCACAUGAUGUACAUAAAACCUGUCUUUCAGAGACUUCCUAUAUUUGUACCAUAAUGUUUUGGUCCCACCAUCGACAUCAAUGCACUGAGCUAUUUUAUUUAUCAUUUUACACAUUUUUCUUUAAAGAAAUGUUGGUACUGAAUUGAUUAUAAUUAUACAUCAAAUUUAUCUUUUAUUUAAGCACAAAUUUACCAGGAUAUCUAUACUGUUACAGUGAUAUAAAAUUUAAAAGGUCCUUGUAAAAGUUGUGAUACUUAUUUAUAUCAAGUUAAAGAUCUUGAGCAAUGUUUAUUGUGGUCCCCAUGUUUCAAGUAUGGCCCUCUGACUUUUGUACAGCUGUGAUUGUAUGUGACAGCCAGUUAAGAAAAUUUUCAAAACUCUUUUACCGAUUAAAAGCUGAAAUAUUGAGACCAAUUUCAUUUUAUGUAAUUUCUUUAUAAAGAAAAUUAUUUAAGUUCUGAGAUUUACUUUUAAUGAAUAUUUUAUCACACAUUUUAAAAUUUUGAUGUUCUAAUUUAGGUUUUAAAUUAUCUAAUUACAAAAAUUACAUGUUAUUUAUUGUUGGCUGUUAAUUAGGUGAUACUUUUUAACUAGCUACAAAGCUGCCAUCUUGAUUAAAAAAUAUGAUUUGGAAAAAAAAAUAGCUGAAACAAAAUAUGUAAAUAAGAAUCUCUUUGAUGUAGACCUAUGUAUUGGUGCUAUAUGCUUUCUCUUUUGAUGUCAUUACCAGCAUUUGCAUGUUUAAAACAGUUAACUGUUGAUGGUAUACUUAUGCAUGACUGUUGUAGCUAAGUAGUUGAAGUAGAUUUGAUGUUGUGUUCAUUUAAAGAUUUUUUUUGGUUGCUGCUGUGAUAAUCUUGAAUUUAUUGGUCUUUUUUUUUUUCAGGUGCAAUAUUUGUAGCAUAAAACUGAGUUAUGUAACCUCAUUUUAAAUUGUUAUUUAAGAAGGGUAGGGGGGUAUAAAUGAACAUUUCUUGUCUGUUAGACAUUUUGUGUUUCAAUAAAAAGUGAAGAUUU